GGAGGGUUUGCCGCUGAUUUGGCCCAGAGAAGCUGCGGCUUUGUCAGAUAGACAACUACCAUUUUGCCGAUCAGCUUCUAUAUCGUUUUCGGUGACUUAACGAUGGCUUCAAACUCCCGAAGCACUGCGGCCGCCACGGCAGGUGUUGCUGCCCUUUUGGGCGGAGCCGCCUUUGUCACUCCCACCACUUCUAGUGGCCAUCUUCGAGCUGCCAAGACUGUGUCGUCCGCGUCGGCGGCGGCUCCCCCACUUUCCGCCAGCAUGGAGGCGUCCGCCACCAUGGCCGUAGCGGGUGCGGCACUUGCCGCCUGCCUUGGCCGAAAGGCCACGGCUGCCAAUUCAAAACACCUGGUGGCUCUGGCAGCCUUCGAAAGUGAGCUCGGGGUGCAGGCGCCGGUGGGCUUCUGGGACCCCGUUGGGUUUACCUCCGACGGCGACGUGGCGACCUUCAAGCGCCGCCGCUCCGUGGAGCUGAAGCACGGCCGGAUCUCCAUGAUGGCCGCGAUGGGCUACAUCACGCCUGAGAUCACGGGCAAGCUGCCGGGCUUCCUGUCUCCGUCAGCCGGGCUGAAGUUCGCGGACAUCCCGAACGGGCUGGCUGCCGUGUCCAAGGUUCCCGUGGCAGGAUGGGCGCAGAUCGCCGCCUACUUUGGCUUUGUGGAGUUCAGCGGUGGCUUCGAGGACUACAAGACCGGCACUCCGGGAGACUACGGCUUCAAGGUCCUGACCUCCUCGGAUCCGGAGGAGAAGACCAAGAAGCUUUCCGCCGAGCUUGCCAACGGCCGCCUGGCCAUGAUGGCCAUCAUCGGCAUGUUCUUCCAGGAUGGUCUGACUGGCAGUGCCUGGGGUGACUGGGCGAACUACACCGCCUCUCCCCUGCGUGCCUUCGAGAGCGAGCUUGGGGUGCAAGCGCCAGUGGGCUUCUGGGACCCCGUCGGAUUUACCUCCGAUGGCGAUGUCUCGACAUUCAAGCGCCGCCGAUCCGUGGAGCUGAAGCACGGCCGUAUCUCCAUGAUGGCCGCUAUGGGUUACAUCACGCCUGAGAUCACAGGCAAGCUGCCGGGCUUCCUGUCUCCGUCAGCCGGGCUGAAGUUCGCGGACAUCCCGAACGGGCUGGCUGCCGUGUCCAAGGUUCCCGUGGCAGGAUGGGCGCAGAUCGCCGCCUACUUUGGCUUUGUGGAGUUCAGCGGUGGCUUCGAGGACUACAAGACCGGCACUCCGGGAGACUACGGCUUCAAGGUCCUGACCUCCUCGGAUCCGGAGGAGAAGACCAAGAAGCUUUCUGCCGAGCUUGCCAACGGCCGCCUGGCCAUGAUGGCCAUCAUCGGCAUGUUCUUCCAGGAUGGCUUGACUGGCAGCGCCUGGGGUGACUGGGCCAACUACACUGCCUCUCCCCUGCGUGCCUUCGAGAGCGAGCUCGGGGUGCAAGCGCCAGUGGGCUUCUGGGACCCCGUCGGAUUUACCUCCGAUGGCGAUGUCUCGACAUUCAAGCGCCGCCGAUCCGUGGAGCUGAAGCACGGACGUAUCUCCAUGAUGGCCGCCAUGGGUUACAUUACCCCUGAGAUCACGGGCAAGCUGCCAGGCUUCCUGUCUCCGUCAGCCGGGCUGAAGUUCGCGGACAUCCCGAACGGGCUGGCUGCCGUGUCCAAGGUUCCCGUGGCAGGAUGGGCGCAGAUCGCCGCCUACUUUGGCUUUGUGGAGUUCAGCGGUGGCUUCGAGGACUACAAGACCGGCACUCCGGGAGACUACGGCUUCAAGGUCCUGACCUCCUCGGAUCCGGAGGAGAAGACCAAGAAGCUUUCCGCCGAGCUUGCCAACGGCCGCCUGGCCAUGAUGGCCAUCAUCGGCAUGUUCUUCCAGGAUGGCUUGACUGGCAGCGCCUGGGGUGACUGGGCCAACUACACUGCCUCUCCCCUGCGUGCCUUCGAGAGCGAGCUCGGGGUGCAGGCGCCAGUGGGCUUCUGGGACCCCGUCGGAUUUACCUCCGAUGGCGAUGUCUCGACAUUCAAGCGCCGCCGAUCCGUGGAGCUGAAGCACGGACGUAUCUCCAUGAUGGCCGCCAUGGGUUACAUUACCCCUGAGAUCACGGGCAAGCUGCCAGGCUUCCUGUCUCCGUCAGCCGGGCUGAAGUUCGCGGACAUCCCGAACGGGCUGGCUGCCGUGUCCAAGGUUCCCGUGGCAGGAUGGGCGCAGAUCGCCGCCUACUUUGGCUUUGUGGAGUUCAGCGGUGGCUUCGAGGACUACAAGACCGGCACUCCGGGAGACUACGGCUUCAAGGUCCUGACCUCCUCGGAUCCGGAGGAGAAGACCAAGAAGCUUUCCGCCGAGCUUGCCAACGGCCGCCUGGCCAUGAUGGCCAUCAUCGGCAUGUUCUUCCAGGAUGGCUUGACUGGCAGCGCCUGGGGUGACUGGGCCAACUACACUGCCUCUCCCCUGCGUGCCUUCGAGAGCGAGCUCGGGGUGCAAGCGCCAGUGGGCUUCUGGGACCCCGUCGGAUUUACCUCCGAUGGCGAUGUCUCGACAUUCAAGCGCCGCCGAUCCGUGGAGCUGAAGCACGG